AUGGCUCCACAGAUGCUAACGGCUCCACAGCCAAUGGUUCAUCCAAGACUACAGCUACAUAUUCAAAUGGCUCUACAGAUGCUAACGACUACAGCUACUGACUUAAAUGGUUCUACAGAUGCUAAUGGCUCCACAGUCAACGUUUCAACUGAUUCAAAUGGUUCCUCAAUCAGCACAUCAACUGAUUCAAGAGAUUCAUCGUCCAUGCAUCUAUCAAACUCAGUCACUACACAAUUCUCCUCUUCAUCAGAUUCUGUUCCAGCAUCUUCAUCAAGUACUUUGCUGCCUCCAUCUGCUUCUUCAGUCAUGCCAUAUUUUAAAGGUGGCUUACUUGAUGGUCAACCUAAUUGGUGGUUAUAUAUUCCAGCAGAAUUUGGUCCAUGGGUUUCUGUUGAGGUUGUUGCAUCCUCCGCUGAAGCUAAUUAUGUGUUUACAUCUGUGAAGACAAACAUUGGUGAAAGUGAAAUUUAUUCUAUGAAAAACGUUGCUCCAGGCUCCAUUUCCGUCAGUGUUGAUAAUUAUGUUGAAGGUACCUUGGUUUUUGAUAUUGCCUCACAAGCUACUGGUCACAAGCCAUACACUAAUAAUAUAGAGGUAUCAAUUAAUGUUCCAGAUGGUGGAUUGGGUGAAAUAUCAAAAAGAUCUUUGUUAACCUUUUCCUUUUCCAACAUCAUUGACGAUGAUGCUACAUCUAUAUCCUCUGUUGGAUCUUCUACUGCUUCAUUUUCACAAGGUACGUCAAAUUCUAAUGGGCAAGAUUCAUCUACAAAUGGUGAGUUUAUUUCAUCUAUCAAUUCAUCUACUGCUACGCCUGGUUCCUCAUCUCUUGAAAAUUCGUCAAGCUCAACUGAAAAUUCAUCUAAAGGCUCUACUGGAUCUAAUGAAGCCGCCACAUCAACUGGUUCUUCAAGCAACAUGGUUACUCAUUCUUCAUCAUUUGGAAGUACCAUUAUUGUUUCUUCUGCUACAUCUUCUUUGAAUUCAAAAACUGUUUCGUCACAUUUAAAUUUCUCGUCUAUGACUGGAAACCCGUCCAAUGGUAUAAACCCAAUAGGUUCAUCGGAUGCAUCAUCAGGUCAAACUAGCUCAUUUGAUUCCUCAUCAUCAUUAUCAUCAUUCAAUCCAAGCUCUGCUCCAUUCCCAUUUGCUAGCACAUAUACUAAUUCAGAUGGCUCAAUCACCACCGGUAUCAUUAGCUUUUACCCAACAACUAACUCAGAUGGAUCACUUGCUUAUGCUAGUACUACAUUAGAUACAAGUAAUGGUAUUGAUCUUAUCAGUAAUGUCAUCAAGAAAGUUCAAUCUACAACUGUUAUCACUGUUACUUCAUGCUCUGGUACACAUCAAUGCACAUAUGUUCCAAUUACUACUGGUGUUACUGUUUUGACAGAAACUAGAGAAGGGAAAGUAACAGAAAUUACCACUUAUUGUCCAUUAACUACAGAUCAAGUUCAAUCAGGUAAACCUACAUCAGAUCAAGUCCAAGCAAGCUCAUCCACAAAUAAUGUUUCUGCUGAUAUGAACUCCACUGGAAAAUCUUUUAUUCGCUCGUCAACAAUUUCUGGUGAUGUUUCGGUUGGUGCAAGUGCUUCAACUUCUGCUUUUAAGAUCGAAACAAAUUCAAAUGGUGAAGUCGGAAGUGAUCCAAAUCAAAUCGCUAAUGAAUCUACUCAAUACACUUUGACUAAUGAUAAUGGCUCAUAUCAUACUGAUGCAUACUCAGCCAUUGACUCAAAUGACAAAGUUUCCACACACACUAUUACCAAUGAUACCCCAUCGGAUUAUCCAAAUUCAGCUAAUGGUGUUUCUCAUGCAUCUUCUCAUGUUUCUGGUGAUUUUUCCACUGCUGAUAUUUUAAUACAACAAGGUGGUGCUAAUUUGCUAAAUAUUUAUGGAACUUUGGUUUCAAUUCUUCCUGUUGGUUUGAUUUUCAUUUGA